GGCGCCCCCGGCUCCUCUCAGCGAAACACGAGCGUGUCCGGGGAGUUCUUCGGCAAGCUGCGCCUGGCGCUCACGCUGGAGAGGGAGGCGAGGCAGCUGGAGCGGGCUCUGCGCCGGGAGGAUGAGGAUGAGGACUACGAAGAAGAAUCUCCAAUAGAUCUGCAGGACCUGCACGGAGAAAUCAGGACUCUGAAGGAAGAUAUUAAUGCCAGUCUUGGCAAGAGUCGUUCUGAAAGGCAAGAAAUUAAUGACUUUAUGAAGGCAAGUGAAAUAUUGAUGCAAAGAAAUGCAGCAGAUCUGGGAAUAAUAAGAGAGCUGUUCCAGAAAUAUGGCUACAAACCACGUGUCAAAGUCUCUACAGAGGAGCAGGAAGAGGAAGUUAACGGUGAUUCAAAGGUGUCUGCCCAGAAUAAAUCUGAUGAAGAAAAAGCAAAUGAUGUACCUCACCUUCCUACUUGUACUGAGAACCCACCGGUGCCCAGAGACCCACUGCGUAACCCCCAACUUUCAGAUUUUGGUCUUUCACAAUAUGCUUUCUCUAGGCCUUGGAGUGCAGUAAAUGGGCAGCAAGCAGCAAAUUCACAUCAAGAAAAUUCAAAAAUCAAGACUCCACUAAAAACACAUACCCCCUGUAUUUUGCCCAAAACACCAAAAUGUAUGCUCAAAAUGGAUGACUAUGAGUGUUUAACACCAAAACUUGAACACUUUGGCAUUAGUGAACAUACCAUGUGUAUGAAUGAAGAUUAUACAAUGGCACUUAUUCGUAAAACUGCUGAGACAACCAAGAACUUACUUAAAAAAGAUGAUCAUGCAGUGAAUGUACCAGAAACAACAUCCAAGGAAAUCAUGGUUACACCUGGGCCAAAAGCAGAAACAACAGAUGAGAAUGGAGCUGACUGUAUGACUUCUCCUUUGGUACCUGUGUUCUGUACUCCUGGUUUGAAAAUCCCUUCCAGGACAGAUAGUACAGUGUUACCCAAGUCACAAGAGAUAAACAAACUGCUUCUUCCUAAACAUACAGAAACGCCACCACCUCCAGAUUUUGAAACAAGAUGGCUCAAGGUAAAGCCAGGGGAAAAAGUUGGGUCAGUGACAGAAAGUGAUGCAAAAGAAAACCAAAACAUAGAAGAUAGCAUUCCUCCUACUGUGAGCUCCGAUGAGUAUCUUAAGCGUUUGGGAGACCCUUCUCCUCCUAAAAUAAAACAGUACGACCAUUUGCUCAGUACUCCUCCACCUCCAGAAAUAACAAGGAUACCAGAUGAUGUUCUACAGAUUCUGUCAAAGUAUAAUCAUAAAGUAGUAGACUCUUCUAAAGACAAGAAAAUGGAGACUAAGGCAGGAGGCACUACAAGAUUUGAAAGUGAUUCCACUGAUUACUGCAACAAAGAGAACAGAAAGCCAGUUGUUACUCAGCUGUUCCAGUACUCACGUGGUUGCAUGUGUCCCAUCAACAUCUGUAACUGAUAUCGGAGCUGCCCU